AUAUAUUUCUCGUGAAGGCAGGCGCGGCCCCUUCGGCUCCGAGCUGACCGAGAGCGGGGCUGAGCCGCCUCGGCUGCGCUGAGGAGGCCUCCACGCAGGACGGCUCCCCCUCCCCGGGCCCCUCUCCUCUUGCCUGCGAGUCCUCUCGCCUCGUAGGCCUCUCGGCUCUGGUAUCGUGGGGUGAGGUGAGAGAGAGUAGGCCCGGGGAGGGUGGUCACUACCGAGGAGCCACGGCGCUACCAAGAUGAUAGAGGUACUGACAACAACUGACUCUCAGAAACUGCUACACCAGCUGAAUGCCCUGUUGGAACAGGAGUCUAGAUGUCAGCCAAAGGUCUGCGGCUUGAGACUAAUUGAGUCUGCACACGAUAAUGGCCUCAGAAUGACUGCCAGGCUAAGGGACUUUGAAGUAAAAGAUCUUCUUAGUCUAACUCAAUUCUUCGGCUUCGACACGGAGACAUUUUCUCUAGCUGUGAAUUUACUGGACAGAUUCCUGUCUAAAAUGAAGGUACAGCCCAAGCACCUUGGGUGUGUUGGACUGAGCUGCUUCUAUUUAGCUGUAAAAUCAGUAGAAGAGGAAAGGAAUGUCCCACUGGCAACUGACUUGAUCCGAAUAAGUCAGUACAGGUUUACUGUUUCAGACUUGAUGAGAAUGGAAAAGAUUGUAUUAGAGAAGGUGUGUUGGAAAGUCAAAGCUACUACUGCAUUUCAGUUUCUGCAACUCUAUUAUUCACUCCUUCAAGAGAACUUGCCGUUUGAAAGGAGAAAUGGCCUCAAUUUUGAAAGACUAGAAGCUCAACUUAAGGCAUGUCACUGCAGGAUCAUAUUUUCUAAAGCAAAGCCAUCUGUGUUGGCAUUGUCUAUCAUCGCAUUGGAGAUCCAAGCACAGAUGUGUGGAGAGUUAACAGAAGGAGUAGAAUGUCUUCAGAAACAUUCCAAGGUAAAUGGCAGAGAUUUGACCUUCUGGCAAGAGCUCGUAUCCAAGUGUUUAACUGAAUAUUCAUCAAACAAGUGUUCCAAACCAAAUGUUCAGAAGUUGAAAUGGAUUGUUUCUGGGCGUACUGCACGACAACUGAAGCAUAGUUACUACAGAAUAACUCACCUUCCAACAAUUCCUGAAAUGGUUCCUUAAUUGGAUUACUACAGCAAAAAAACUCUUCUCUGAAGCCUUUCUUCAUAACCCUGAUCUGUGGAUACCAUAAUGUUAUAAAGGAUUUAAGCUAUGAAGCCUCAAAACAUCACUAGUUAGCAUGAUAUUCUCAGACUUGGGAAAACUGCCUCAUUAUUAAUAUGCUACAGUGGAAGUAUGUUUAGAUUUGAAUUUAUCUGUGAAGCAUUCAAAUCAAAGCUAAAAGCAUAAAUGUGAAAUGCUAAUGAUAAGCCUGGGAAGGUAUACUGUGAAUUUUCAUUUCUAACAAUGACCUAACUUUAUAUAUUAGAUCAAUAUAUUGUAUUUAGAUGGUAUUGAAAAUGGUAACCUGCUUAAUUUAAAUGUUAAGUUAUAAGGUUUACAUCAGAACAGACAUUUCAUAAAUGCACUUUUAAGGCAUAAUAAGGGUUAAUAUUCUAGGCAGUGUAAAUGGUUUCUUGGCCCCUGUAAUACAAGCAACAGAAAAUCCAGAGAUGUGGACUUUAUUACUAUAUGGGAAUUACACUUAAAUUUGAGGACAUUUUAUACAAAGCAAAAAUACAGACCUAGUAAGUUUGGCAUAUUAAGUUAUCCUUAAUAUUUUUUCUAGAAAACAGGUGACAUUUGUAUCCAUGAUAAAAAUUUUAUACAGAACCUACUGCCUCAAUCUAGUCCCAUUGAGAAAAUUAGUUUCUAUUGUAUUAGUAUUUCAAAAUAAAGUAUCAAUUUGAAAACCUGCUUUAGCCCAGUAAGGUACAUUCAGGGUAGACUUAACACUCCAAAAGUUUUUACUAGGAACUGUUUUUUUUAUAAAACUGCCACUGCUUCUAAUUUAAGAAGAAGAGAAUAUACUUUCACGAGUGCUCUUACUGUGCCAAAACAAAGUCUUAAGAAAAGUAAGUAGGCACCUUCAUCAUUACAAGAUCACUAAGGUGUAGUGUUCAGGAUUCUCAGUGUCAGUCAGUGGCUAUAAAGAGAAGAAUUACUGUGAUAAAGUACUGUAGACAGUUACUCAGUGUAGCCUGAGUCCAUACAGAAUGGCUGUAACCAAUUUUGACAUCAUGUUAUGGAUAAGUAAGCUCUAAAAAAAUAAGCCAAAGAACCACAGUACAUCUCAUCCUUAACUUUUGUAAACCAUGUUUUAUGAUCUUUUCAGUUUUCCCAAAGGCUGAUAAAUUUCAAUAUUUUGAAUAUAUCAGUGUUAAUUUUGAGUUGGCAGAGGUAACCUAACCAACUACUAUUAUGUUUUGGUCCUAAGGGAUAUACCUUUCAAUAAAGUUGUUGAAAUGUA